GCCUUCGAUCGUGGCGCACCUGUUGACGGUUUUCUGCACUUAUCUUGGCGGUCAAAGCCCAAACAUGCCUCGCCCAAGUACGGUUCAUCAAUAAAAACAACAAAAAUAGUGAAAAUAAAUAGUGGAAAGCCCUGACAAUAACGCUUCAAGAGGCAAGCCAGUGUGGCCUCCGCGGAACCCAGUGUUUAUGCAAACAUGCGACGAAAGCCACAGAACUUAACACACCAUAAACUAUCGAGUAGGGGCCGAGCUGGAGACGGAGGAGGAGGUGGUGGAGAAAGGCCAAGUGCCACCUUCCUGUCGUCGCCGGCCAUUCCCAACAAUAGUAGAAGAAGAAUGCCAAGAGACCAUCGACAAUUGAUGGCCGUUGCCGUGUCGAUGUUGCCGCUGGCGCUUCUGCUGCUCCUGGUUCAGCUAACAGCUGGUCAGCAUGAGAGCAUAUCCCAGAUCUCGCCCAAGUCUAGUAGCCAUCCGAGUUCUGGCCGCCUGAGCAUCGAGAGUACCGUGGCGGACUCUGUCAAUGGCCUGGCCGAGAGCUACUCCCCGCCCCGCAAGAGCAACGAGAACGAGAAUGAGACGCGGGCGGAGCGCGUGGAACGAUCCGCAUCACCCAUCCUGCACGAACGGAAGGCUGCAGCCGGACCCAACGAUGUUCACUUUCCGGAGGAGCUGGAGAAGGACGUGUCCGCCGGGCGGUACUUCCACUACAAUAUCAAGCCCACGGGAACGUACGACAACCAGGAGGAGCAGCCGGAACGGACGCAUCAGAGGAUCAGGGCCGGAAAGACGCUGUCAGCUGAAAGCACCACCAGCAGCGCUAGUCCUUCGGAGCAGUCUUUUUUAGGGCGGGGGGACCUGCGACCGCUAGUGUCGGGGUCCCCGAUCCGGCCGAGUCCGAGCAGUACUGCCACCUCAGCGACGGCCAGUGCCACCCAGGUGCCGCAUAGUGCGCACAGUCCGCGCCAGAACGGCAAUCCCGACAUCCAGGACAUCAUCACGGGCAUCGUUAAGCUGCUAAACGGAAAUGUCAAUGUCCACGCCAAUACGCAAGGCGUCCGACGUCCAUCGGCCAGCAGGAUCAACAACAGGGGUCCCCCGAGGAUCUCCGAGACCCAGAACCUGCCUAUCGACUAUGAGGCCCAGAAGCCCGGCACCUCCAUGCGUCCCCCGCCAUACCCCUUCGAUCGUCCGGAGCGUCCCUUCAUCACGGGCGUACCCAUUCCGGAGCAGAUUGUGCCCGUGCGUCCGGGCUUUGUGAGCAAUCGUCCGCCCUGGUACCGGAACAAGCCGCGUCCACCCAUCGCCACCAGUGUGGGCGGCAAUCGGAGACCUCUGCCGCAGUACAAACCCCUGCCGACUCCACAAGUGCAACCCUCUACGCAGCCUAACCCAGAGCAGCUGGAUAGGGAGCCAGAGAAGGGUCAGAAUCAUCAGGAACAGCAUCCGUCAGCAGCUGGAGAGGAUGCAGUGCAGCCCACGGACACAACCUACGACUCGGAGUUCUCCAACGAAGAUGCCAAUGCCCAGUACAUUGAGGUCUCGGACCAGGACACAGAUGCCACUGGAGGCGGAGAGGUCGAGGAUGAGCUGCAGCCACCUCCUCCUCCCUCCACAACCAGCAAUCCUCCCACGCCCCCAACCAUUUCCUCGAAAAAGAAGCACAAGCCAAAGCCAGGCAGUGAGAAGAAGAAGCUGCAGGAGGAUCAAUCCCCGGAUGAGGGCUACACUACCAUCAUAGAGACCAGCUCAGUGGUGCACACUGUGAUGGGUAUGUCCUCCACGUACGUUCCGAUGCCCAUGGAUAGCUCCGAGCUUCCCGAUCUGGAUCCCUCCACCGAGGAGGUCAUCUUCAUGACGGCUAACCGAACGCCCGGCUUGGACACAAUCUCCACCUCGUCGCUUAGCAUCUCUACGGCCUCCACUGUGUCGUCAGCCAUCCAACCCACGUCCUCCGAAGAACCCAUCACUACCACCACUACUACCAGUACUAGCUCCACCUCAACCACCACUACCACCUCCACCACCACCACCCCGCCAUCAACUACGAGUUCCACUGAAAGUGCGCCACCUAACAACUCCAAUGCCAAUCCCAAUGCCACUCCGCCCGCCCCCUACCACCCCCGACCCGGGAUUGUCCUCGAUGACCCCGAGUUCAAGCCCGGCGGUCGGCCGCGCCCCGUUAACCAGCGACCACCGCCCCAGCCACAACAGAAGCUACCCCUUCCUGCGGUGCAGCCCACAAGGCAGCACCUGCCGCCCGGCUACGGCGAGAUCUUCGACGUGACCCUGUCCGCCAUCCAGGGACCCGGACCCAAGGGCAGCGGCUCCCAGCAGACGAUCAACAUCAAGCCAUACGGAUCCUAUGCAGCGGGCGGAGGGCAGGGUGACAUCAUAGUGUCGGCAUCAGGUGACGAUGGCUUCGUCUCGAUCGAUGGCAAACGCACUUACAUCAAUCUCUUUGGUGACCCCACAGAUCCCCCAGCUGGGGCCACGACGCCGGCCACGCGUCUGCCCCAGUUGCCAGGUGCUGGAUCCUCUCCAGCCAUCGGUGGAACUAAAGGUGCCAGCUCGCCUUCGGUGCCGGCCAACGCCGUUACCCAGAGCAGCGGUGGCUAUGUGGUGCCGGAAACGGAGGUGGUGGAUCUUCAGGGACACAGCAAGCCGGCGGGUCAGCCAGCAGGCUCAUCAACGACCAAUGCAGGUCCCACUAGGCCCCACUACCGUCAGAGACCAACGCAGCCGCCUGUAAGGAUUGACACCUGCAUUGUGGGAGAUGAUUCCACCUGUGAUCAGGCGCAACACGAGAGAUGCAAGACGGACAACGGGGUGUCCAGCUGCCACUGUAGGCCAGGCUACUCCCGUCGCAAGCACCGGGAACCUUGUCGUCGGGUCAUCUCAUUCCAUCUGGGCAUGCGCGUGGACCGCAUCUACGAGCACCGCAUAGUGUGGGACACCAAGCUGAUGGACAGGCACAGCGAGCCUUUCGGUCAGCUGAGCUAUGAAUCUAUUCGAGCGCUGGACUCUGCCAUGUCGAUGACUCCCUACUCGGAUGAGUUUAUGGAAGCCAAGGUGAACAACAUUUACAGAGGUGAUCCCAAUCUGGGCGGAAGUGGGGUCUAUGUGAAUAUGACAAUCAAGCUGGAUGAGAGCGUGGAGACCUUGCGGCCCAACCUGCGCAGUGACGUACAGAAGCACCUCCUGGGCGUGCUCCAUCGGCGGAACAACAACAUUGGCAACUCUGUGCUUUACGUCAGCUCUCCAGAGGGCGCAGUGUCGGCGCUCCAAGACUUGGAUGAGUGCCAGUCGCAGGAGUUAAACGAUUGCCAUCCCGGUGCCAGUUGCACCAACACGUGGGGCAGCUUCCGCUGUGCCUGUGAGGCUGGACUGCGUGAUCCCUGGGCUGACCAGCCGGCAAGGGCAGGACGGGAAUGCCAGGCGUGCGCUGACUCCGUCUGCAACAAUCACGGUACCUGCAGCUAUGGCGACGAUGGCGGACAGGUGUGCACCUGCGACUCCAGCCACUAUGGCGCUCAGUGCGAGAUUGACGGCGAGGUCCUGGGCGUGGCCAUUGGCGCCUCCGUGGCGGCCAUCAUCAUUAUUGUUCUGACACUGGUGUGCCUCAUCAUGUGGUCCCGGCGGUGGCAGCGUGAGCAGAAGAAUGCCAUGGGAUCCCCUGUAUUUGGUUACAUGAACACGGCGCCACUUAAGUCCGCUGGAUUGCCUCAGGCAGGCUAUCAGGUGACUUUAGAGGAUCGCAUGCGUUGGGCACAAAUAGCCGAUGUGAUGGCACAGACGAAUCACUACGGGCAGGCCGAGCCCAUUGGACCCACUCGCCCCUCCUCGGCCAUGUUCGCGUACCCCAAUCUAGGCGCCAUGGGCAUGGGCACCUUGGGCGGGAUGUCGCUCCAGAGUACCAUGCAGAUGCAUCCGAGUGCCACGCUGGCGCCACCAGUGCCAUUGCCCAGAAGGCUUGGCCUGGGCCCGCGCUCGAAUGGAAUGCGAACCCUGGAGAACUCCAGCUCCAGCGAGGAGGAGGAUCGCGCCGAUCUGCUGGGGCGCAACUUCCAAGUGCCACGCCCCAAGAGUCGCAGCAAUGGCAGCAUAGCGAACCAGUCUGGCAUCUACUACGAUGUGGACUACGAGCCGUCGGGCAAUGGCAUUGGGAACUCCAGCGUGGACCACUUGUACGGCUCGCAGAAUCAGUCCGUGACGGGCCACAAUCACAUCCCUGGUCCGCAGGGCAUACCGAUGAGCACAUACACCUCUGGCCGAGCUCCCAGCAGUUAUUACAUGAAGUGAACGCGGCUGGAGCAGCCACGAAUGAGCCCUCAACCCUGUAUAUACGCUACCUAGGUUAAGGAACGUCGAUCCGGCGAGAACUAAAACACUUUUCCACUGCAGUCCCCGCGGCGACUGCAGCUGAGACGCGUUUUGGACGCCGUCCCCUCCUCAACUUCCUCAUUCUUAGCACGAGAAACGUAGACUUAGGACUAUCCUUAGGUUCGAUCUAGAUGUACGAAAUGCAAGCGACAACUAAUCAUUAUUUUUAAACCCUAUUUUAAACACUUAAAUUAUUGCCACCUUCCGCUGUCCAUUCGAAGUCAAGUCCCUUAAAAUAGUUAGCUUACUUUCCAUAAAAUCUGUAAAA